AUGAAGAUGGCGACAGGCCUUGAGUUCUGCGAGGAUGAAGGAGAUUUACUCGGCGAUGACGCUAACGAAGAGCGGGACCCUAACUUUGUGGAGGAAAGAUUUCGCGUGGACCGUCGUAAACUGGAGCAAAUGCUCCAAGGUCAGUAGCACACGAGACGCGAUCGGUCCAUCGAACGACUUUAUUUACUCUCCAUCUAUAUUUUGCUUAGCUAAUCAUUUGAACUUUAUAUGCUAAAGCGAUAUUUAUGAAUUUCAGCUGCUGUGGAGGGAUGUGGCCAGACUGGCGAGGAGUUUUUCCAGAAGGUUAGAGGAGGUCAAAUUAUCUUUUAAUUCUCGACAUAAUUGCAGCUGAGUUGUAAAUUGUCUUGCGAUGGUAUGCCUCUCGUAGAUCAUGGAAGAAACGGCAACCACCAUAACAUGGCCAUCAAAACUCAAGAUCGGUGCCAAAUCUAAGAAAGGUAAGUCAGUGAACAGUUCUAUAUGA